AUGAACAAGCCAGCAGCAGCUGCAGCCAGACCUCAUAGUCAGCCAUGCCAAAGAGUAGCCCCUUUCACUAGUGUGCUCACCUUAGUUGUGGCUGGUGAUUACAGCCAGCCAGACUGGGGGUCACUCUUUCCCACCAGUGUACUCACAGCAGAUGUGGCCCAGUCACAAUUUGGUCCUAUGCCCAUGUGCACCUGUUUAUCCAUGCCCAAACAGUGUCAUGUAGAUUGCAAGAGGCAUGAUGCUCUAUAUAAAUGGGUUCAGGUUCUGUUACCGUGGCUGGUGUCGAGAUGGGCUGGUGUCAGGAAGGUGGUGCCAGUCUGGACCAGACGCUAUUCUGGACACAAAGCGGUCAUUGUGAAGAACAUUGAUGAUGGCAACUCAGACCAUCCCUACAGCCAUGCCCUGGUUGCUGGAAUUGACUGCUAUCCCUGCAAAGUGACCGCUGCCAUGGGCAAGAAGAAAAUCACCAAAAGGUCAAAGAUCAAGUCUUUUGUGAAAGUUUAUAACUACAGUCACUUCAUGCCCAUAAGGCACUCUGUGGAUAUCCUCUGGGACAAGACUGUGGUCAAGAAGGAUGUCUUCAGAGUCCUUGCUCUUAAAUGCAAGGCCCAACAGGAAGCCAAGAUCAAGUUCAAGGAGAGGUACAAGAUCAGCAAGAACAAAUGGUCCUUCCAAAAGCUGUGGUUUUAG